AUGUCUAGUUCAGAUACAGCAUCGGUCCAUAGCAGUAUUAGAAGUGAAGAAAAUGCUACUGCAAUCCCUAUUCAAUCAGACGUCUACGUUGAUACUGUGGUUGAAAAGCGUUUACUGAGAAAGCUUGAUCUUCGUUUGAUCAGUUUCGCCUUCUUCUCGUACUUUACCAGUAAUCUUGUCCGUAACAAUAUGCAAAAUGCUUAUACCAAUGGUAUGGAUGUCGAUGUUGGUAUCGAUUCUGAAGCCUACAACUGGUGUGUUACCUUUUUCUUCAUCGGCUAUAUCAUUCCUCAAAUCCCUACAAAUAUGUUUGUCGCUCGUCUUUUGCCCAAAUACUUCUUGCCUAGUGCUGAAAUCAUCUGGGGUGUCAUCACUUGCUGUAUUGCUGUGGUCAAGACUCCAAAUGCAGUUUGGGGCUUGAGGUUUAUUCUCGGCAUGGCUCAAGCUACGUUCGUCCCAUCCAUGGUCUUCAUUAUUGGUUCCUGGUACACUAACAGCGAACUUGCUACCCGUACUGCUAUCUUUAUGGCUGGUAAUCAAAUGUCUGGUGCUAUUGGUGGUAUCAUUGCUGCUGGUGUCAACAAUAACUUGAAUGGUGCUGCUGGUAAGGCCAGUUGGCAAUGGCUCUUCAUUAUCGAGGGUUUGAUGUCUAUUUUUGUUGGUCUCGUUGGCUACUAUCUUUUGCCAAAUUACCCUCACAACACCAACUGGGUCAAGGGCGAAGAAAAGGAUUGCGCUAUUGCUCGAUUAGAACGUCAGGGCAAGCAACUCAAGUCUCAAAAGUACACCUGGGACACCUUCUUGAAUGUACUAGCUACUCCCUACGCCUACCUCUUGACAUUGGAUUUUAUCUGUAUCAACAUUGGCAACCAAAUCCCCCUCAACUUCUCUAUCAUUAUGAAGAAAAUGGGCUAUGACGCCAACCUUGCAAAUUAUUUGGUCUCUCCCAUCUAUGGUUUAGGUGCAAUUACCAUUGUAAUCAUCGGUUGGAUAUCUGACAAGUAUAGUGAACGUGCUUGGAUCAUCAUUAUCGUGCAAAUCUGGGUGGCUGUCUGGUAUCUCGUAUUGUUUGUUGUGAACCAUGCUGCUACGCCAUUCUGGCUCUUGAUGCUCAGCUCUUUCGCUAUCAUCAACAACAUUUCCAUGUUCCCGCUUGUAUUUUCAUUCAUCAAUGAAAUUUUCGCUCUGGAUGCCAACACCCGUGCUCUAGCCAUUGCCUGUAUCAAUUGUAUUGGCAAUCUUGUGCCAAACUUUAUUUCUGUUGGCAUAUGGAAGGUAACUGACUCGCCUGACUUCUUUCUCGGCAAAUUGGUUACAUUCAUUCUUUCAGUCUGCUCAGUCAUUAUCACGUUCAUUUGUUGGUGGUGCCUUAAACACAAUAUCAACCUUCCCCGUGUCAGAGACAAGAAGGAGGAGCUCGAAUUCCCUGAAAUGGACGACGAUGCCAACGAAAAGAAGGCCUAA